CCCCGAUCAAGACGAAAGGAAAUGGCUUAGCAGCUUUUCUACGGAUGGGACAAAUGUGAUUGUUGCGUCGCUCUGCUACUUAAGCAUCUUUACAACGGUGCGAUCCGGGUGCGGUGAGAACCAAUUUCAAGCAUGGCUUGUCGCCGUUCUCCAAAAUAUAGGGCGCGGCAAACCUUCCCAGAACUAGAUUUAAUUUCAUUCAAAGUAUCAAAGUUGACCAAAAGAAAGUACAGGAGGUGCAUGGCUGUCGUCUGGCCCGGCAGUAGGAGCUGCUGUCAAGUCUAUCUUUUCGGCACAAUUUUCGCCAGCUUCCUAGGCUUUUUAGUUCCGGCUCCCCUUCUCCCAGAUAACUUCUUCAACCCUGCAUUAUUUAGCUCAGUGCAUUCGAAUAAGGCUUGGUUUUCGGGGCCAACCCCUGCGACACCGUUCUGCCGUACAUGCCGUUGCCUGAGACUGGGAAGGUUCAUCUUCCUCCCCGCCUUCGAGGGCUUACCUCCACUGGAAGACAAACCGUUUCGGUUUCUGCUGACGCCGUCGAAAGGUUCCAAUAAAUCAUGAACACCCGUGUUUUUUCAUGAGAAUUCACUCUUUUGGAGUGUGUGAAUCGUGGGGAAGCCGUGAAUGCGGCCCGUCAACGAGAAUGGAGAAUCUUGAGCCACGCGCGUCCACAGCUACUCAUCUAGUCUUGGCAGAGGGGGUGCGUUCCUGAGGCGGUUCAUUUUUCGCUGAACUGUCGCGUUCCCUUGCUCUUUUCCGGAUAUGUUUGAAGUGGGAAACCGAGCCCGUUUCUGCAAAGAACCCAGCGGGAAAAAAGAAUGUCUCGAUCAACAUGGGUGCAGGGUCACCCCGGCCCCUAGCUAAUUCCGUUGAGCCGGGGCCCGGCCUUCUGGACCUCCUUGAGGAGGGGUUCCAUCCGCUUUUUUUUCGCUUCUUCUACGUCAACGAACUUCCAAAUCUUCGACUUGUUUGCAAGGCGUUCACAAGAUGUCUAGGACCGGAGCAGGCCGCCGCGGCGCUCCGCCAAAUGAGAGGUCUUGCCUUUCCAGCUCAGUGGCCAGGCGGGACCAGCCGUUCGGUAGAACCCUCCACGUUGUCCUCACGUCUUCAGCGAACUGGCAAAGAGUGGAAACCCCCCGUCCGAUCCAGUGACACAUCGCAUGCGUCUUCUUUGGGGUCAGGAGCAGAGUUGUGUCCACCUGCCUCGGCGGGGGCAGCCGCCAGGUUUUCGGCAAACUACAGAGGAGAGCAUUUACCGGAGGUAGCGCCGCCCGGAGACUUCAACUUGCUCAGCCACUUUGUAAAUCUCAGACCACCACCUACUCAGCUCUCAGAGUUGUCACUGUACUGGGACCAGAGCGUGCACGCAGCAGAAGUCUUGCUGCCGCUCUUCAACAAGCUUCUAAUGGUGUCGGAAUCCAUCCAGACUCUGUCUGUGCAGACGCGGACAGCCGCCUGGUCAGCCCCCGCAGAUAUACAGUGGCUCUCCAUGGUUUUUCCCCGCGUAAAGCGACUCCGAAUUCACCACAGUUUCCUCCGCCGAGCUGGGCCGAAUGAUACUUUUUACGGAGACUUGGCUUUCCCACCGGGUCCGUAUCGGCGCCCAUUCUACCUGCAGCGGGGGGAGCUUGGACGGACGCUGCAGCCCCGCCCUCAGCUUCUCUCCAGGUGCGUUUUCCCUGCUUGUGAGGACCUAGAGUACUUCGAACUAUGUGAAAACGAAAGGACACAGGGCGUCGAACUCGUGCCUUUUAUUCGUGGUCGGGAACUCCAUACGCUCAUUCACCUCUUUUCGGUAAUGGCUCCCGCUGUCAGGAGAGCCACGGUCACACUUUGCUGCUUCAAAGCGUUGCCAUUCGCAGUACAGGGAAUCCUAGAUAGCAUGGCGCAUGAGCAGACGGACGCAACCUCACGGAAUAUCUCCACUUCGUCACAGUCCAGAAGCUUCUGCAGGGCUUCAGAGGACUCAGCAUUUCCUGGCAGCUCUCUUGAAGAACUUCAGGUGAUUCAGAGCCUUCCAGCAUGUUUUGUGGAGGAUGAUGAUGUGGAAGAUACCGAACUCGAAGCGGCCUUCCCAGGCGUACGUACAGCGGGCCACAGAGGGUCGUCGGGGGAUACGGCGCGCGAUCGGCAGUUCCGGAAAGUUCUACGGAACUUGAAAAUACUUCGUCUGGUUGUCCAAGACGACGACAUGAAAGACGUUUUCGACUUCGCCGUCUUGCCGAUCUUACGACACCUCUGUCCCGCGGUCCAGCCCGUCUAUGAGGGUACGGCGACUUUGCCGCUGGAGGUUGCUGGGCGGGCACUUCAUCUUCGCAUUCCCUCAGGCCAGCACUCCCUUUUAACUAAGAGAAGCCAUGUCAACCGAAGGGAUCGGUACGGCAGGAACCGCUACCCGGGGAGAGGCGGCCCGCUUGCUGACGCGAGUCAGGAAUAUCUAGGAAGUUUCGAUGCAAACGUCGAUGGCGUCUCUGCUGGCGUAGUUGAAAUGCUACGUGAUUGGGUGACACGGCCAGAAUGGAUGGAGAUUGGCGUGUGGAAACAUAUUCUAGAGCGCCCACCGCGCUUACACUUUGCCAGUAGCUGGUGGCACGCCAACGUAGUUGCUGCAUGCGCUGAGGCACUCGGUUUUGCCGAUGUAGGACGCGAUACCGGAAGCGAGAGCCAGCUACACUGUAGUGCAUCCUGUAGCAGUCAGAGGCCUGCGACUGGCCAUCGGCGAGCCAAUCUGCGAAACGCAGAGCCGUCCGCCCCUUGCGAAGAAGCUAACUUCCUGCCUCCGCAAAAGCGAAACCUACACACCUUUGUGUUGCCGACAGUCACAGUCCACCGCAUGUUGUGGGAUUACGAUGCACGUGCAUUCGAAGCUCUUGUUGCAGCCGUACCGCACUUUGUAUUGGCGAUUGACUCGCAUAGUGCAGCACUGCUGUCUCGGUGGCCGGGACCUGUACCGAAUCUGCUAGGCCUGCAGAUUGAUCUGUGCAAGUGGGGAAAGAUUCGCCUCUGUCGACAGCAUAUCACUGCGGCGAAGACGCAUGCACGCCACACACGGUUUCUCCGCCUUUUAGACUCCAACCGCCUCGAGUAUAAACCCGUCGACUCCGCCACAAAAGAAGCUGUGGACUCGUUCGUUAACGACCUGCUCACUGUCUGCCCACAUACACAAGUCAUUGAGUACCGCAGAGUUUCUGUCGAGUACACCUGGCAGAUGGAGGGGGGGGUGUCGGGAGACACACCGCCGUUCUCUGUUGACAAACUCUGCAGCAAGGGUUUCCACGUCAAGAAGACCCUUCACGUACCUUCCUGUGGAGGGAAUCUCCUGCCCAGUAGUUGUAACGCCUCCAUAAUCAGCAUUUUGUUUGUACGGAGGAAGCCAAGCGUUUAACUGAACGUCAAAAGGUCGGCACUUGGAGGCAUCCCAAAAGCGGCCUCCGCACGGUGACCUCCACUAACCGUGUCACUUCUCUUCACGACAAUAACUGGAAAUGCUCUACACCAGCUCCUAGACGCAAGGAUUUUCGAUUUCAAGUUUGGCAAGUGACCCGUGGAGGAACGAGACGUUAGAGCUCGUUCGGGAUUCGCCUUCUUCCUCCGUUCCGCCGCCCUGUCUACUUCAGGUGAGGGCAGAACGCGGGGUGAACGAAGCAGCAGAGCGCAUUUCUGUCGGAUUGUGGUUGCGAUCGUUUAAAGUAUGUCCGAACAGCCUCACGCGUGUUGCUCUCUGCCGAUGAUGUAGAUCUCGUUGCGAAUGACCGCUCCCAAAUCAGAGCCGUUUAUGAUCGCGGGAACACGGAAGGGAAUCUCGUGGAUGCCAUUCAAGCCGUUCGCUUCUGUAUCGCACCUAUCGUUCGAGGUGUUCCACCUAGAAAUCGCAUGGUUGCCUGACAUUGAGCUGCUGUUUUAAUGCCGAAGAUAGAGCGCGGGAUUGGAUACCUAGCGAAAUGCGCUCUUUGAAACAUGAGUAGCGUGCGGCCCCUGAGCUAAUUGAAUUCGAUGGCUGUUUAAACAUUUGGGAUCAAAUCGAAGAUGGAAGUUAGACACUCUGCAUGAUUAUAGGAAGUGAUACACCACGCUUCCCUUGUGAUCGCUGCUGUCACGUCUGCUAAUCAUCACGUCGAAAACUACCUUUUCCCGAGCACGAACGUAAUUCCGCUUGAUUUCUUUGCUGUCAAAAAACUGCGUUCUGUGGCGGACCACCGG